GGGAGGAGGACAGAUGAGCCAGCAGUGGAGUUGCAGCAGAGCAACAGUGUACAUUGACAGCAGAUCAGGAUCAGGUAGGAGGAUGAGUAGGACUCUGCUGUGGCUGCUUGCCUCUCUGGCCUUUGCCUCUCUCACUUCUCUGGCUGAUGGAGCUCCAUUGAAUGUGAUGUCUGCCCCCAACUUGUUACGGGUAGGGACAGCAGAAAACAUCUUUGUGGAGUGUCAAGACUGCACAGGAGGAGACAUUAGGGUUGAGAUCAGCGUGAUGAACCAUCCAACCAAAACCAAAAGGCUGACGUCUACAUCUGUGACCCUCACCAGUGCAAAAAACUUCCAGGAGCUCGGACAAAUAAUGAUCCCUGCUGGUGACUUCAGUAAGGAUCCCAACAUGAAGCAGUAUGUGUACCUGCAAGCUCAGUUCCCUGACCGACUGCUGGAGAAAGUCGUGUUAGUGUCCUUCCAGUCUGGGUACAUCUUCAUCCAAACUGACAAGACCAUCUACACCCCCAACAGCAAAGUUCAUUACAGGAUGUUUGCAGUGACGCCCCGUAUGGAGCCUGUAGAGAGGGAUGAUGCAACCCAAACUGAUGCUUCUAUUGCCAUUGAGAUUGUGACCCCUGAAGGCAUAAUUUUACCACUUGAUCCAGUCUCUCUAAAAUCAGGGAUCCACUCCGGAGAUUUCCAACUUGCUGAAAUUGUCAGUCCCGGACUGUGGAAGGUAGUGGCGAAGUUCCACAGCAACCCACAGCAGAGCUAUUCUGCAGAGUUCGAGGUCAAAGAAUAUGUGCUGCCCAGUUUUGAGGUUAAACUGACACCUGUGAGCGCCUUCUUCUACGUGGACAGUCAAGAGCUAACCGUCAACAUCAAAGCUACGUAUCUGUUUGGUGAAGACGUGGAUGGGAUGGCCUAUGUGGUAUUUGGGGUUAUGCAAGAGGGUCAAAAGAAGAGCUUUCCCAGCUCUCUUCAGAGAGUGCCGAUCGAGAGAGGUAAUGGAGUGGUCAAACUGAAGAGAGAGCACAUCACACAGACCUUCCCAGAAAUCCUCAAACUGGUGGGGAGUUCCUUAUUUGUAGCUGUCAGUGUGCUGACGGAGAGCGGUGGUGAAAUGGUGGAGGCAGAGUUGAGAGGUAUCCAGAUUGUCACAUCACCUUACACCAUCCACUUCAAGAGAACGCCCAAAUUUUUCAAACCAGGAAUGUCCUUCGAUGUUGCGGUUGAAGUUGUGAAUCCUGAUGACACUCCGGCACAAGGUGUUGCAGUGGUGGUCGAUCCAGGACAGGUGCAAGGCCUCACUGCAGCCAAUGGCAUGGCAAGGCUUACCAUCAAUAUAGACGCAAGGACUAACACACUGACAAUCACCGCAAAGACCAAAGAUCCUGAUAUUUUACCUGAAAGGCAAGCAUCAGCCACCAUGACAGCUCUCCCAUAUACCACCAAAGGCAACAACUACAUCCACAUAGGUGUGGAUGCAGCUGAGCUGGAAAUUGGAGAAAACCUGAAAAUCAACCUCAACCUCAACAGGCAGCCAAAUCAAGACAAUGACAUCACAUACCUGAUCCUGAGCAGAGGUCAGCUUGUGAAAAAUGGCCGUUACAAAACAAAAGGUCAAGUAUUGAUAUCCCUGAUAGUCACCGUUACCAAAGAAAUGCUGCCAUCGUUCCGCAUCAUAGCCUACUACCAUACGAAUGACAAUGAAGUGGUAUCAGACUCCAUUUGGGUGGGCAAAGACUCCUGCAUGGGCUCGCUGACGCUGGAAUCAACCAGACCCAAUCCAUCCUAUGAGCCUCGCAGGAUGUUUGGUCUGAAGGUCACUGGAGACCCAGAGGCCACAGUGGGACUGGUGGCAGUUGACAAAGGCGUCUACGUCCUAAACAAUAAGCACCGCCUCACCCAGAAAAAGGUGUGGGACAUAGUAGAGAAGUAUGAUACAGGCUGCACACCAGGUGGAGGGAAGGACAGUAUGAGUGUGUUUUAUGAUGCUGGGCUGUUGUUUGAGUCCAACACGGCUUCUGGGACUCCCUACAGACAAGAAUUGAAAUGUCCGGCCCCCAGCAGGAGGAAACGAGCCACUACUAUAAUGGACGUCACCACCAGCUUAGUGAGUCAAUAUAAUGACCAACUGCAACGUGAAUGUUGUUUGGAUGCCAUGAGGGACACCCCCGUUUCAUACACCUGUGAGACGCGCAGCGAGUACAUCAUGGACGGUGCAGCCUGUGUGGAGGCCUUCCUGCACUGCUGCAAGGAGAUGGAAAGCCAGCGAGCUGAGAAGAAGGAGGAUAACCUCAUACUGGCUCGCAGUGAGGAGGAUGACAACAGUUACAUGGACAGCAAUGAAAUUGUUUCUCGUACCAAAUUCCCUGAAAGUUGGCUGUGGUCAGAUAUCAAACUGCCUCCUUGCCCUGAGGGAAAACCUAACUGUGACACCACAUCAUUUUUGAAAAAUGUUCCUUUGCAAGACUCAAUCACAACCUGGCAGUUCACUGGCAUUAGUUUGUCAAGAACUCACGGAAUCUGUGUUGGCAAACCAUUAGAGGUAAUUGUCCGGAAGGAAUUCUUCAUUGAUCUCAGACUGCCGUACUCUGCUGUCCGUGGAGAGCAGCUAGAAGUUAAGGCAAUCCUCCACAACUACAGUCCUGAUCCUGCCACAGUGCGUGUGGAUCUGAUUGAGGAGGAGAAUGUGUGCAGUGCAGCUUCUAAACAUGGAAAGUAUCGCCAGGAGGUUAGAGUUGGGCCCCAAACUACACGAUCUGUACCCUUUAUCAUUAUUCCCAUGAAGGACGGACAAUACCGCAUUGAGGUCAAAGCAGCUGUUAAAGACUCAUCGCUCAAUGAUGGAAUCAUGAAGAUGCUGCGGGUGGUGCCUGAAGGUGUACUGGUGAAAUCUCCUCAAAUUAUAAUUCUAGACCCCUCUAAAAAUGGUGUAGCUGGUAAACAAGAAGAAAUUAUCAACAGUGGAAUUCCUAAGAAAGAUUUGGUUCCAAGCACGCCUACUAGCACACAGAUCUCUGUGACAGGGAGAGAACAAAUAUCUGCACUGGUGGAAAACGCCAUUAGUGGGAACUCUAUGGGUAGUCUGAUCAAACAGCCUGACGGCUGUGGAGAGCAGAACAUGGCCAGCAUGACCCUGCCUGUCAUUGCAACCACGUAUUUGGACAAAACCAACCAGUGGGAAACUGUGGGCUUUCAGAAACGUAACGAAGCCCUCCAACACAUCAAGACUGGCUACCAGAACCAGCUUGCCUACCGUAAAAAUGAUGGGUCUUUUGCUGUGUGGGCCCAUCGCCAAAGUAGCACCUGGCUGACGGCCUAUGUUGCCAAGGUGUUUGCCAUGGCCAACAGUCUGGUGGCAGUGCAAAGCAACAUCAUCUGUGACGCUGUCAAGUUUCUGAUUCUCAACACACAGCAACCAGACGGCAUUUUUAAAGAAGUUGGAUAUGUGCUCAGUAGCGUAUUGCGUGGUGAUGUACAAGGCACAGAUUCAGAUGCCUCCAUGACAGCCUUCUGCCUUAUUGCCAUGCAGGAGUCACGCACACUGUGUGCUGCCACUGUUAAUAGUCUCCCAGGCAGUAUAGACAAAGCAGUGGCCUACUUGGAGGGGCGUCUGCCCAGCCUCACCAACCCAUAUGCUGUUGCCAUGACGUCUUAUGCCCUGGCCAAUGAAAACAAACUGAACAAGGAGAUCCUCUACAAGUUUGUUUCCCCAGAGUUGUCCCACUGGCCGGUACCUAAGGGACGUGUUUUCACACUGGAGGCCACAGCUUAUGCUCUUCUGGCUCUGGUCAAGGCCAAGGCCUUUGAAGAAGCUGGACCUGUUGUCAGAUGGUUUGGAAAACAGCAGAAGGUGGAUGGAGGCUAUGGAUCAACUCAGGCUACUAUAAUGGUGUAUCAGGCUGUUGCUGAGUACUGGGCCAAUGCUAAAGAACCAGAGUAUGAUCUGAAUGUGGAUAUCUUGUUGCCAGGCCGGUCAAAACCUGACAAGUACAAUUUCAACAGGGACAACCACUAUGCCACGAGAACAUCUAAAAUCAAUGAUAUAAACCAGAAUGUGAAAGUGACUGCAACAGGCACAGGAGAAGCAACGCUGACAAUGGUGUCGCUGUAUUACGCUCUGCCUAAAGAAAAGGAAAGUGACUGUCAGAAGUUUAACAUGACAGUGCAGCUCCUCCCAGGUAAUUUGAGAAAUCCGAAUGAGGACGAGAAGAUAUACAAGCUGAGAAUAGAGGUUUUGUAUAAGGACAAGGAGCACGAUGCAACCAUGUCAAUCUUGGAUAUUGGCUUGUUAACGGGCUUCACUGUUAACACAAAUGACCUGGACUUACUGUCCAAAGGACGUGCCCGCACUAUUGCAAAAUAUGAGAUGAACACAGUCCUGUCAGAAAGAGGCUCACUCAUCAUCUACCUGGAUAAAGUUUCUCACACACGACCAGAGGAGAUCACUUUUAGGAUCCAUCAGAAGCUGAAUGUGGGCGUCUUACAACCAGCUGCUGUGUCUGUCUAUGAAUACUAUGAACAAACACCUUGUGUGAAAUUCUACCACCCAGAGAGGAAAGCUGGACAGCUACUGCGGCUCUGUAGAAAUGAUGAAUGCACAUGUGCUGAAGAGAACUGCAGUAUGCAGAAGAAGGGAAAAAUCAGCAAUGAUGAGCGCACAGCUAAGUCUUGUGAGAGCACACUGACCAGCAAAAUAGAUUUUGUGUACAAAGUGAGACUGGAAGAAUUUACAGACGGUUUGUCCACUGAUAUUUACACAAUGCGGGUACUGGAAGUCAUCAAAGAAGGAAGUUAUGAUGUGGGUCCUCGGGGUAAACUGCGCACAUUCCUCAGUUACCCGCACUGCAGGGAGUCCUUAAAUCUGGGGACGGGCAAAACCUACCUUAUCAUGGGCACAUCCAAAGAUAUUCACAGAGAUGACCAAAAUCAAUCGUUUCAGUAUGUACUCGGUGAGAGAACCUGGAUCGAGUACUGGCCCACAGAAGCAGAGUGUCAAAUUGAGGAACACAGAUCUACCUGUUUGGGCAUGGAGGAGAUGGUCCAGCAGUAUGAGGUCUUUGGAUGUCAGCAGUAGUGAAACUCAAGGCUUCUUUUCUGUUUGCAUUUUGCUCUAUUCUUAUUAUGUAAAACAUUCACUGCUACGAGAUAUAAGGGGUGUAAAUGUUACAAUGUUACACUGCAUUGAUUAAAAUGUAAUGGUCUUAA